AUGACCUACGGACCUAGAUAUACCUUACAUACAUUCUUGGGAAAUGAAAGAGAAGUUUUCACUGGCGAUUUCAACGAUGACUAUGUGAGCUAUGCCUCAGGUCUUGAGCGUCGUGCUAUGGAGCCCGAUGAAAGCGCGGACUCUGUCUGUCAAAGGCCGUUGGUCAUCCACCUAGACGACAGCCUCUCUGCACCUCCUCCAAAGCCUACAGUCCCCUGCCGAACCAAGAUCAGAAGAAUGUGUCCAGAUGAUUACGACAAGGAUGGAUUGGAUUAUGAAUCGGGCAAACUUCGACAUACUAUUCGAGCCGCUCAAGAAGCUUCUCAACCCCAAUCCAGUCGCAAAGAACUCUUGGUUAUCAACUGCGGACCAGAUGAACCUUCACCAGUAGCUGGACCCUCAUUGCGCUCUGAAACCUUGACCGAGCCCAAAUUAGACUCCAUUGUGAAAGUCCUACGUUCUCACUCACUGAAUUCGAUCGAGAAGCUCAAGACCGCGCUUGAAAAAACAAAGGGAAAGAUGCGCUUGCGAGCUCAAAGCUCGGUUGAUCAAACUCUUUCAAAUGCAAACCCCGAACGUAUUAUCAAGCGACGGGGAUUGGUAAUAGAUCCUGAGGCUCUUCAAGGCGCAUUGAAGGAAGAAUUUGGACUUGAACUCAAUCCUGAUCCUAACUCCGGAUAUGCCUAUGCUACGCCUAGUCAACAAUCUCAUGACUCUGAUGCCUCUGUCUAUAGUCAACCAUCUUACGACUCUGAUGCUUCUAUCCAUAGUCAAUCCUCUGGUUAA